GCCUGGCCUGCUGGAGGUCGUCUUGGGCAGCCGUGCCAGUGAUGUUUUGGGUCUUGGAGAUGUUGUCUUCCCUGCUGUCCUGGGUGGAUGGGCUCUUCGUCGAGAUCUCCAGAGUGAGAGUGAGAGCAGCCCCGGGUACUUCGUCGCGGUGCUCAUCGGCUACGUGCUUGGGUGUGUGGGCUGCGAGGCAGCCGUGUACACCUUCAACCUCCCAGGCUUACCAGCAUUGGUGCUGCUGGUGCCGGCUACUCUAGGUUGCGUCUCGCUGCUGGCUGCCUACCGCGGUGAGCUC